UGCGGUUCGGAGUCCGCGCCUAGUCGUGUGUGGUUGCGUGUGGCCCACUUAAAAAACGGCCACCGUUCGUAUUAUAGUCAAUCUUUGUACAGUAUAUUGAAAUCUUGUGCUAAUACAUUAAGUAACACUUUCAACAAAACUAUAAACUUACGAAGAUUGCAUGAAUUUUUGGAGCGUCUCAUCCGUGUCUCACCGAAGAUGAUCGCACGCGCGCAUACGUACGAAUAAAUGAAUCGCGUGGUCGUGUCAUUAUUGUACAUGAACUUGUAUUUAUAGUAUAUAAAAAGCGAGAUAUAUGCAAAUUUUAAUUAAUUGUUAAUACCCCGUAUAAAUUUAGGCCUACUUGAACGCAUUGAGUCGGGAUGAUCAUAUGUUAUGCCGCGCGCUCCGAAUUGAAUAAUUUAAAAUCAGUGUAUGUAGUGAUCUUUUGGCGGUGACGGAAGGGAUGCAAAGGAAUCAAGGAUUCAAAAAUAAGGACUUCGCAUAUGCACAUAAUGGAGGAGAUUUUAGUCGACGAUGUGAGUGAUAAGUGCGCGACGGAGACACCUGCCGCCGUAGUAAGUAGUUGUAGUAGUAGCAGUGCCGCCUCUGCCUCUACCAUCGCCGCCGCAGCCGCCGCCGCCACCGCCGUGGACGAUCCGUCGAGCCGCGUGAUGUCAAUGUUGUACAUUCAGCAAGGAAAGCUGCACGCGAAUCAAGUUAACAACAAUAACGCGAGUCAGCCGCUCGUUCACGUCGUCAAUAAAUCUCAGAUCGCCGCCUUCAAUCAGAUUGUACUUCAAAGUCUUAGCCAGGUUAAUCAGACUCAAAUACCACAACCUAUUACUAUUCGUAGACAGGUCAAUAGUGGUUUGAGCUCUCCAUCUGCAACUCAGACACAGAAGCACAUUUUGGUUCGGAAAUCUAAUGCAUCUGGUGCCCAGAUAAUGCCACUCGGUACUUCACAAGAUAGUCAGGCUCAUACACAGGCAGGAGGAAAGUCUGGAAUAGCUUAUCUUGGAACAAUUAUUAAGCCGAAACCUAGAGAAUCUGUUGUUAUACCUGCAGGCCCAGUGAAUACAACUCAAAUUCCAAAACCAAAAUUAGUAAUUGCACCAGUUAUUUCACAUGUCGCUCAGACAAGUAGUACAUCCAAUAAUUUACAAAAGCAAUCUUCCAAACAUAUGACUAACCUCUUGUUGCCUGUGAGUAUUCCACAACAGAGUGCUUCUACAACCAAACAAAGCCUCAAUUUUAAACCAAACUUUAAUUUUAAAUUUAACAACGGACAAAUCAACACUGAUGCUAAAAGCACAAUAACAGUUUUAAGAGAAUCAAAGACAUCAAAUUCAGCAACAAAUCCACCACCACUACAUCCUAUAGCAAAAAUGAGUUUGUUAAAUGUACCAAAAAACAGUAGUAAUUCUGCAGAUAGCAUUAAAAUAACCGAGAAUCCCGAUUCAGCAGUGAUCACCCCAAUUCCAAAGAAAGACGAUAGUAACCUUCCAGAGAAACGAAAAAAAACUAUAAGCAAUAUUUUACGAGGUUCAGGAGAAAAGCGAUUAAAAAAACAGAGUUUUUCAAAAUCUUCACAAGAAUCUAGUGUGGUCGAAUUACUGGGCUAUACUUUAAAUAGUCCAGAAUCUGAACAUGAAAAAGAUAAAAAAAAAGAUAAAGAAAGCGACGAUGAUAUUACAUUAAUAAAAGUUGUUGCUAGUGAGGAAAAAAAAAUUAAACGUCCCGUAUUACCAGAUGAUAUUAAAAUAGAGGUCAUUAAAGGAUCAAAUAGAAAAGAAAUUGAAGUAAUAGAGAAAGCUGAAAAAAUAAAUGGUAAACCGAAUAAUGAGGAAAUAAAGGAGCAAAAUCUUACACAUCAAAAUGAUUCCAAUUUUGAUGCAACUAAAGUUUUGGACUGGAAAGAUGGUGUUGGUUCAUUACCUGGCAGCACAUUAAAGUUUUGCAUGAAUGAGUUUGGUUUAAUGGAAGUUGUAGAUGAAGAUGAAAAUAAACAGGAUAAAGACGGAAAUAUUGGUGAUAAAGAAAACGUAUGCUUUACCCAAAAUUCUUCUAAGUCUAGUACUCCAACAAUAAUUAAUGAAAAGAAACCAGAAGAUAAAAAAACGCGAACUGUUUCAGCAGAUACAUUUUAUUGUUGUGAUGGCUGUGGUUGUCAUGGACUAGCUUCAGAAUUUGAAAGUCCAAAUUCUUGCAGUCCAUCAUGUACAGAAUAUAUUGAAGCAAUGAAACAGCAAAAAUUACGAAAAGAGAAAGAAAUAAAUAAAGAGAUGCGAGCUAAAAAGAAACGCAAAAAAAUGCUUCAAGAACAACAAGCAAAAGAUCGAGAUAAAAAUAAAGAUACAAAUUCGAAAUCAAAUGAUUUUGAUGAUAAAUCAAAAGAUAGUGAGGAUAAGUUUGACAAAUUACAAGAUAGAGUAAAAUCUGAAACUGAUGAAGAUACAAAGGACACGAAUAUUACUAUAAUGGAUGAAGAAAGUCAAGGAGAAUCUGAAUCUAAACAAUAUCCAUGGCAAACUGGGAAACUUGGAUUUUCAUGGUCAAAAUAUCUUGAGCACACUAAAACUAAAGCAGCACCAGUUAAAUUAUUUAAGGAUGCUUUUCCAUACAGUAAAAAUAAUUUCAAAGUAGGUAUGAAAUUAGAAGGUAUUGAUCCAAAUCAUCCCUCCCACUAUUGUGUCUUAACAGUUGCAGAAGUUGUUGGUUACCGAAUAAGAUUACAUUUUGAUGGUUAUCCGGAAAACUUUGAUUUUUGGGUAAAUUCUGAUAGUAUGGAUAUUUUUCCUGUUGGAUGGGCUGAGAAGAAUGGACAUAAAUUACAACCUCCUAAGGGAUAUGUGCAAAACAAUUUUAGUUGGAAUGCUUAUCUUAAAAUUUGUAAGGCUACAGCUGUACCAAAGACUCUUUUUUCAAACAAAAAUUCUAUGCUUCCUACUGGCUUUCGUGUUGGUAUGAAACUUGAGGCUGUUGAUCGUAAGCAUUCAUCCUUAGUAUGUGUAGCAAGUGUAUCAGAUGUGAUGGAUUCAAGAAUACUUGUACAUUUUGAUUCUUGGGAUGAUGUAUAUGAUUACUGGGCUGAUGUUAGUUCUCCUUAUAUACAUCCAAUUGGGUGGUGCCAUCAUAAUGGCCGUAGCUUAACGCCACCAAAUUGUAAGAGUUCAACAUUAAUUAGAUAUAAGGAAAUAUGUCAAAAUUAUAAAGAUCCCAAAUCUUUUUCAUGGGAUGCAUAUUUACGUGGUACUCAGUCCGUUGCCGCACCCGCAAGAGCUUUUAAACAACGACCACCAUGCGGAUUCAAACGAGGAAUGAAACUAGAAGUAGUUGAUAAGCGAUUACCACAAUUAAUUCGGGUGGCAACUGUAGAAGAUGUAAAAGAUCAUAUGUUAAAAAUCAGAUUUGAUGGAUGGCCAGAAAAUCACGCAUAUUGGGUUGACGACGAUUCGACAGACAUUCAUCCAAUGGGAUGGUGUUCAAAAACUGGGCACCCAUUGGAACCUCCAAUAACUCAAGAUAAUUUAAAUGAUCGUGCUGAAUGUGGAACUUUUGGUUGUCGAGGUAUUGGACAUGUAAAAGGACCAAAAUUUGCGACACAUAAUUCUGCAUCGGGAUGCCCAUAUUCAACACAAAAUUUGAAUAAGAUUAAAACUAUUACAGAUAGACUAAGUUUAAAACAUGAAGUGAAUGAUUUUGAUGAGGAUUUUGCAGUAGACAAACCAAAAUAUGAAAAAUCUGAAAAAAUAAAAAUGGAACGAUCGGAAAAACGAAUUUCAUCUUUUGAAGACAAAUCGAUAAAAAUUGAAAAUAUUAAACAAGAAGAUGGAGAUUCGUCUGAUAAAAAUGAACGAUUAGAUAACUCUGAAAGACUUAGUAAUAAGUGGCGAAAUAAUAGUGACGGCCAAACGGAUGAUGAUGAGAUCAUUAAAAAACGAAAAAAGCGAAAACUUGUUAACGAAGAAUCAAGUCUUCUGUCGAUGCUGAAUUCAAACCAUGAUACUUCAGCAACGCAAUUGCCUUAUGCUUCAAACAUACCCGAUAAACAAUUACGAAUGGAACUUUAUCAUUCCGUUUAUAAUCCAGGAUAUAAUCCUUUGCCAGAUGCACCUCAUAUUUGGGCAAAACACAGCAAUGCUUUGAACAGAGUAGUAGCAAAGCAAAAUACAAAUCCUCGUCGUUGGUCUAACGAAGAAGUCAUUAAAUUUAUUCAAAGUAUACCAAAUUGUAAAGAAAUUGGAAGUAUUUUUAGAAAACACAAUAUUGAUGGCGAAGCAUUUUUAAUGUUGACACAAGAAGAUUUGGUGUCAUUACUUAGUUUAAGACUUGGUCCAGCAAUAAAACUGUAUAAUAGUAUUGUUUUAUUACGAAAAAGGGCAACGUGAAAAUCUUUCAGUCAAAACUACAAAAAUAAAUAUAAUGAAAAUGAAAAAAGUGAAGUUUAUUGAACAUUAAUAAAUGUUCCUUUAUUUUAUUUUGUGAUGUAUCAAAAAAACAUUCGUUUUUUUGUUAAAGGGUUUCUCAUAAUCCCUUUUAUGAAGACAAAAAUAUGUGAAUCAAUGCUCAAUUAAUGGGCAUCAUUGACUUUGUUAUAAUAAGACUACAUAUACGUAAGACGUGUACUUACGCCUUCGCUUAAAAUCCCUUUUUUUAAUGGCGAGAGCACAUACAAUCAUGUACAAAUGUAAAUAUGUUAUAUCUAAUUAUUAUUAUUAAAAUAUUGUAAUACG